UAGUAAUGCCUGCGCAGCAAGUGCGGGGCUUGAUAGGCUAUGCCUGCAGGGGGAGGAGCUACCGCUGCCGCCGGCGCGCCGCGGCCUUGCUGGAAGGAAGGGCUUGGGCCCUGGCCUGCGGUGGUGGUGGGUUCGCGCAGCGUCUGGGCUCGCGUCCUGCUGCCGCUUCGGCCCCGGCUUUGCCCCUUUACCGUCCCUAACGGGCUGGGCGUGCGGAAGACCCGCCGGAGCCAUGGAUGACGAGGUGGUGCGAAUUGCCAAGAAGAUAGACAAGAUGGUGCAGAAGAAGAACGCGGCUGGAGCAUUGGACUUGUUGAAGGAACUUAAGAAUAUCCCCAUGACACUGGAAUUAUUACAGUCCACAAGAAUUGGAAUGUCAGUAAACGCUAUCCGCAAGCAGAGCACAGAUGAAGAAGUUACAUCUUUAGCAAAGUCUCUCAUCAAAUCCUGGAAAAAGUUAUUAGAUGGACCAUCAACUGAUAAAGACUCUGAAGAAAAGAAAAAAGAAACCACAAUUACAUCACAGAAUAGUCCAGAAGCAAGAGAAGAAAGUAGCUCCAGUGGCAAUGUAAGCAACAGAAAGGAUGAGACAAACGCUCGAGAUACCUAUGUUUCAUCUUUCCCUCGGGCACCAAGCACUUCUGAUUCUGUACGGUUAAAGUGUAGGGAGAUGCUUGCUGCAGCUCUCCGGACAGGAGAUGACUACAUUGCUAUUGGAGCUGAUGAAGAAGAAUUAGGAUCUCAAAUUGAAGAAGCUAUAUAUCAAGAAAUAAGGAAUACAGACAUGAAAUACAAAAACAGGGUACGAAGUAGGAUAUCAAAUCUUAAGGAUGCAAAGAAUCCAAAUUUAAGGAAAAAUGUAUUGUGUGGAAAUAUUUCUCCUGACUUAUUUGCUAGAAUGACAGCAGAGGAAAUGGCUAGUGAUGAGCUGAAAGAGAUGCGGAAAAACUUGACCAAAGAAGCCAUCAGAGAACAUCAGAUGGCCAAGACUGGUGGGACCCAGACUGACUUAUUCACAUGCGGCAAGUGUAAAAAGAAGAAUUGUACUUAUACACAGGUACAAACUCGCAGUGCUGAUGAACCGAUGACAACAUUUGUUGUCUGUAAUGAAUGUGGAAAUCGGUGGAAGUUCUGCUGAGUUGGAAGAUACGGCAAAAUUUCUGGACCAUUUAAGAACGUGGAUUUUGUAAUUAGCUUUAAAGAUAGGAAAAGCAGCUAGUUUCCUGAAAAUCAGAUUUUUAAAGUAACAUUCAUCCCUUGGAGUAAUCUUUGUUUUGGCCAUAGCAUUCCUUCUGUAGUUGCAGAUCACUGGGGGGAGACCGUAUAAUAUUUUAAGACUUUUCUCUCUCUCUCUUUUUUUUUUUUUGUAAUAAGUCAAUAUUAUACUUUUAUCAUUUAAACUUUUGGCAAUUUCUUUUUACCUCUUUUCCUUCUUAAAAAAAAUGUACCUUAACAUUUUUACAGCCAGGAACAUACACGGUAGAUAUGUUAUUCUUUUCAGUUAACAUGUAAGGGGAAAAGUAUAUUUUCCCCUCCAUAUUGACAUGUACCUGAAGAUAUUAAGGGAGGAGAAGAGGUAAUAUAAUAAAAAAGGUUUACCAAAUGUGUGUAUUCAAGUAAUACUUGACCCACUUAUCUAAAUUGUACAUAAUAUUUGUACUAGCAAAUGAAAUUGAAUUUAUUAUGUUUGCAAGUCUAGGAUAAUUAGAUACUACUUUACAUCUGUUACUAACUGUGACCAUCAUUUCUCGCAAGUUCUUGUACAUGUUUAUUACUUGUUCUUGAUAGAAUAUUACUUUUGGAAACAUGCUUUUAUUGAAAUCUGACUGAUUUUGUUGUUUAUUUACCUGUUUGACUUUGUAGCAGAUUUCCUUUUUGCAAAACACAGUUGUACUUUAGGCUUUGUUUUUUCUUUCCCUUUUUCUUUGCCAGAGUUUUACUGCUCUGGGCCAACUUUUUCAGAUAGAGUCAAAGAACCACAGCACCUGAAGCGUCAGUCCUCUGUUGUCAUAGCACCUCCCAUACGGUGUGCUGGAGACUUAGACCUGUGCCAGACAGGUGGUAAGCAGGUGCCCUCCCAGUUGUGCUAUCUGACUAGCUCCAGUAGGCUUUUCAAAAUCCUAGCACAGGCAAAGAAUGCAAGCUUCUAUUUUUCCCCCUUGUAGGAAGAUAUACUAGAAUUCCAUAUCAGUAUUUUAGUAUAUUGUAGUUAGUGUAGACAGUUCAUGACUCAAUUUUUAAUUUGGAAAUCUCUACUGACCAAGAAUUAAGCUUAGGACUAUAUAAAUCUUUAAAACUGUGGUCACCCUUUAUGGAUGCUGAUAGAAAGUGUUUUCGUCCUAACUAAUUUGUUGCCUUUUUUCGGUCACACAUCGAAUGAGGUUUCUGAGCAGACUGAAUAUACAGACUACUGGGCAGCUUAUUUAACAGUACAGAUCUUAAAGUUUUGCUUUUUUUUUUUUUUUUUAAGUUUUGCUUUUUUAAAUGUAUAAUAUUUGUCCUGUUAGGAUAAGAAAAAUAACUUUUAUAUAAAUUCCAUAGGGUCCGUUUGUUCUCGAGGGCACCACUGCAAAGUCUACAUUUGAUCACGUCUAAUGCUUGAUCAUUAUUUUGUUAAGCACCUAGACAAAGACUUCAGCAUAUGCUUUAUUCUCCUCUCCUUACUUCCCUUUCUCCAUUUCUUAUUACAAAUCAAUUUGAUCUAAUAACAGAAAACAACAAACACCCAUGUUAAGAUUGGUUGUGUAAGAAUUAGCCUACUGGUACUAUCCAUCUUUACUUUGUCAAUUCACCGAUUAACCUUUUUUUUUUUUUUUUUUUUUUUUUUUUACCUUUUGACAUUAAAGUGCAUUUUUAAAAGUUUUAAGAAAAAGUAAAAUCAAAACUAGUCUGACUUUGAAAUUAAGUGAUCAAUUUUAAAAUUUGUAAUUCAAUAAAGUUUCUUGUAAUUAAA